UUGAUUUGUAAACAUAACAAAAACAAAUUAUUUUCUAGACUAGACUAGAUAAAAUUCGACCGAAAAUUUCGCAAGUGUAACUAAUUCAGUUAAAAUUACCAGUACUUCUUCAGUAAACCAAGGUUGUGCAUGAUAAACCCAAAUCUGCGAUCAAAUUCAUGAUAAAAAAUGGAUCAAAAUUGCCAAUCUGGUGUCAGUGAUAAGAGACCUGUCGAACCGUCCGAAGCUAACGGCGAACAAAAUGGUGGUAAAGACAAACAAGCUAAUCUGGCCGUCUCUCCGGUACCGAAAAAUAUUUCAGCAGAUGGCGAGAAAGCUGACGAAGAGCCGGGUGAAAUCCUCAUCAACGAUGUAGACGCCGAAGAACUCAACUUCAAUCACUGCAGGAUUACGAAGCUGGAAAAUCUGAACGAGCUGAAAAACAUCCAAAGAUUAUAUUUUCGAUGGAAUUUAAUCAAGAAGAUAGAAAAUCUAGAUAGUUUGACUAAUUUAGUUGAACUAGAGUUGUACGAUAAUCAGAUCACGUCCAUUGAGAAUCUAGAUCAAUUGGUUAACUUGGAGAUACUCGAUUUAGCUUUCAACCGAAUAACAGAAAUAAAAGGUCUGGAUAAAUUGGUCAAUUUGAAGAAACUGUUCCUAAGCGCUAAUAAAAUAUCCAAGAUUGAGAACCUGAACGGUUUGAAGAAUUUGGAAUUGCUUGAAUUGGGUGAUAAUAAAAUAAGAAAAAUAGAAAAUGUCGAAAUGCUGACCAAUCUAACGAAGCUUUACUUCGGUAAAAAUAAAAUCACCAAGAUCGAAAACCUAGAUACGUUGACCAAUCUUGUAGUACUCAGUGUCCAAGCCAAUCGAAUCACAAAGAUCGAGAAUCUGUCAUGUCUAAGUAAUCUGGAUGAACUUUACCUAUCCGAAAAUGGCAUCACUUUGAUCGAAGGAUUUGAAAAGAACGCGAAACUAACAACGAUUGAUCUGGCUUACAAUAAAAUUACAACCAUUCCUAGCUUGAGUCACCUGCCAGAGCUGCAAGAUUUAUGGUUGAACAAUAACGAGAUAACUUCGUGGAAAGAUAUUGACAACUUGAGUUCGAACAAGAAGCUAGAAACGUUGUACUUGGAACAUAAUCCUUUGGCUAACACAGCCGAUUAUCGAAGAAAAGUAAAGCUAGCUUUACCUCAAUUAACUCAACUGGAUGCUACUUUAUUGAGAUGAAUUCGUCGACUCUCGAGUACGCCGCCGGAGACUUUAUCAUUAUCGUCAGUUUCAUUUACUAUGUAACUCAUUAUCUAAAUUAUCACCUAGUAGUAUAAAUUUUUUUGAGAACGAACUGUGUAUAUUAAGCAUUUACUAAAAUUAUUACAUAGGUACGUUUAUAUUUCGGUACGUUGAAUCGCCGUUCGUGUUUGUUUGUGAUGAAUAAUAUCGAAUCAUGUUUUUUCCUUCUGAUUCUAUUCUAUUUUGAUUUAAUAAACUAUUUAUACGA